GAGGUGAAAUAGUAAUUGCAGAAAACUCCAGAUUAACAAUAAAAGUUUAUGAAUUGGAACAAAGAAUACAUGCUUUAAAUUUCGAUAAAAAUGAAUUAAUUCAUAGAGUUGAAGAACUUGUGAAUGAAAAAGAUCGACUUGAAACAGAUAAUAAUCAAAUUCAUGCAGCAAAUAAGAAUCUAACACAAUUGAAUAACAUGUUAAAAAUUGUUUUGAGAAACGCUGAAGACAAGCGUGACCAUUAUCAUGCAGCAAAUAUCAAGAAAUUUGAUGGAUUCUGUAUGCUAUGGACACAAUUGAGAUUGAGAAAUUAUAAAUAUGAUAAAAAAGCUUCAACGAUUAAAAGUAUUUUUCAAGAUGAAGAAAUGCAUGUUGAUUAUCAUAAUGGAACAUUUGACGACGCAAUUAGAUAUUGUAAAAAAGAUAGAAAUCGUUGUUCAAAACAUCAUCCUUAUUGUAGAUGUGAUUUUUUUGAUUUAACAAAAAUAUGUAACAAAUGUAACAAAAGUUGUUUGGAAUUUCGAACGUUUGCACGUGUCGAUAAUAAUUCAGGACCGUUUGAAUUUGGAAAAUUACCAACAAGUCAUAAUGUAGAAGGUUUUAAUCAACAUUUAGAAGAACAAAAAAAAAUACGUAUACAAACAAUUGAAGAUAUCAAAGAACAAAUCAAACCAAUAAAUGAAAUUAAAGUCAAAAGAAAUCGUUCAAGAGGUGUUUUACUCCUUGCAACAUCUAUAUUUAUGUCACAAAAUAACGGAAAAUGGUUCGAAGGAUAUGACGAAAAUAAAGUUUUUGUAUUUGAUGAUUUUUAUAAUCACAACAUAGAGUUUUCGACUCUGUUGACAUUAAUCAAUAACAAACCUCAUACCGUGCAGAAAAAAGAUACCCUAUAUUUUGGAAAUGAGAUUGUUAAAAUAGAAAACAAAAGAAAAUAUUUUUCAAUUUAUAAUCGAUUUGACUAUAUUAUUAAGUACAAAAAGUUUAGAAAUGAUGAUAUACACCCUUGUGCAUUUGAGUGUCUUUGUUGUUCAGUAAAAAGAAUUUUUCAAAAGGGCUCAUAUGAAGAUUUUGUUAAUCUUCGAUUUGACAUCGAAUUCAAUUCAGAUGUUACUCUCGAACAAAUUGCUUAUAUAAUCGAGAAUCAUAAUUCAAUUGAAGAAAGUAAUGGAAUUCGAUACUAUAACCAUAAUUUUAAUUCACAAAUUGCCAAAUUUGAAUUAAUAGACCAUAGAAUUGAGAAUGAUAAACAUGUUGAUAUGAUCGUAUAUCCUGAAGUAAGAAGAAAAUUAGAAAAUAGAUUACAUAGAACUAAAAGAAAAAAAAUACAAUUCAAAGGUUAUAUCGAGAAUAAACUUGAUUAUGUAAUUGAGAAUCUAGAUGAGAAUUACGAUUCUGAUAUAUCGAUAUCUUCAUUAUCUUCUAACGAUUCUGAGACAACAAGACGUAGAAAAAAAGGAAAGACUGUUUUGUAA